CGUAACAGGUGUUUUUCUCUGUGGCACGUAGUGUCUGUGUGAUUGACAGUAGACCUGGAUUAUCUCCCAGACAGUGUUUGUGUCACACGCUUAAAUAAUCAUCGAUUAAUGAGUUAUCCAGCAGUUGGAAUUACGCUGGUCAGACAGACCCGCCGACUUGUCAAACGGUUUUCCCAUUCAUCCGAUAUUUAGUAUGGAAGUAGGAAAGUGAAUUAGAUAGUAACCUGAAUCGUGGAUUGGGCUACACAGCGCAGCAGUAUGAUGGCGGCCCCAUGACACUAUGAGCACAAACCUGAGUCUGAUGAAUCCUGGAACCUCCCUAAACUUUGACGGACAGGUGCUGCAGAACGCACAGGAGGAGGAGUACCGACAGGAGGAGGAGCAGCAACACAAUGAGCUGAAGCAGUUACUGACGAAUGCGUUUGAUGACUUGAUUGACGAUGAUGAGUUCUCCAUCACGUCAGAUGAAGGUGGUCCAUCAACAAAUGCCAGCCUCCACCUCGGCACCAAGACGGAGAGUCCCGGAGAUAGAGCCGAGUCUGAGACAGGUCAGUUCCUCGAUUCGCGGAACCAGUGGACUCCCAUGGCCUACCAGGGAAUGCCUGCCUCUGCCCCUGUCAUCCCUCCACAGUCCCUCGCGACCAUAUACGAGGCUUCAUCUGUGAGGAGCUCUCAGGACAACCCCCUUAGGAGCUCUCAAGAGAUAUCCACUCGUGUUUCGCAGGACCUGUUGCGGAGCUCACAAGAGGACUUCUCUGUUAGAAACUCUCGAGACCAGCCACUGCGGAGCUCGCAGGAGUACAGGGAACAUCCCCUGCGGAGCUCGCAGGAGUACAGGGACCAGCCUUUGAGGAGCUCGCAGGAGUACAGGGAUCAAUCUCUGCGGAGCUCACAGGAGUACCAACAAGGGUAUCAAGAUUAUCACCAGGCAGGUGGCGGGGCUAUCAAUUCUGGUGAAGAGUUUCAAAGUGAUGGUUACCAUAGUAACAACAGUGAACAGGAAAGUGCUACACCUAGUUAUAACAUAAAUCCUCAGGCUUUUGAUUGGAUAAAUCAGGCAACACAGGACAGUCAUGUGACCCAUCAGCAGUCAUUGGGAUUGCAAGGUGGAUAUGGGGGAUACCAGGGUGGGGUAAUGGAUGACCACGUCUCGACACGGUAUCCUGACCUCCCAGUUAGGCAGGAGACAGAAGGGGGCAACAAUAAAGGUCCUUCCAGUGACCCUCAGACAUACCACCCCCACCAAACCCAGGGCAUCUAUAGUGACACCUAUCCUGAGGACCAGCCAUUGGGAGGCAACUUUCAGCCAUAUACAGGUUUACCUCAAUCCCAAGGCUACCAGUCUACCGAAGUCCCACCUCAUUCUCAAGGGUUUCAGUCAGCAGGGGUCACACAGGACUAUUAUGCCCCUUCAGCUGUUAGUGAUGACAGAAACUACGAUACCCACAGUGCUGACCCCUACAUGACCCAUGAUGAGGGUCAAAGUCACGAUUCAUAUGGGUCAUAUGACCAGGGUCAAGGUCGUGGGAAGUUGCCCCAGUUACAGCUUGAUUCCAAAGAAUACCAAGAGGACUAUCAUGUACAGUAUAAGAGAAGGCAGGGUGUGGCAGGGGAGCGGAGCGAGGAGGAGGACCGGAUUCCUAGACGCGAGAAACCUAAAGCCCUCGAGGAAAAGACUGAGGAGACGGGAGGCUUGGACCCAAGGCAGUACUCACAAUUACAGGUCCUGUACAAGGCCCGUGGACGUAAGCUGGAGGAAAUCACCAAUGAGUACGAGAUUCUCAAACAGGAGACAAGCCGAGAGAUACGUAUACUCAAACAUCAGGUGUCUGUGGCCAAAGGUGAGCAAGAGGCUGCCACUACUAGUCUGAAGCAGGUCCAGGAUCUACUGAAGGAGAGCAAGGGAGAUAAUGCCCAACUUCUGGGGCGGAAUAAGGCUGUAGAGACAGAAGUUGAUGUCCUGAAGAAAAGCAAGGAUGAGGUGCUGAAGAAGCUCCAUGUGGCCGAGUCUAACAUUGAGAGUCUGAACCAGCAGCUACUCGACCUGGGGAACAGCGAGAGUCUGGCCCGCGCACGCCACGACCACGAAGUGGUCAUAGCUGGUAUACAGCGCAAACACCAACAGGAGGUCAAGGUUGCAAACGAGAAAAUACAGGAGCUCCACACACGUAUCUCGGAUCUGAGCGGUGAGAACAAGACUCUGCGUCAGAAGUUGGAGGAAAGCUACCAGUCGGCUGAAAAGGCCCAGAUUUCGCGCGCAGAGACCAUCAACCGUCUGACUCGCAGUCUAGAGGACUCUCAGAAACAGUGUCAGGCUCUGCUCGAGUCAACGUCCUCACAUGAACUCAGUCAGAUAAAGAUACAGCUUCAACAGACGAUUGCCUCCAGGAAAAUUGCUGAUGACAUGUGUCAUACCUACCAGGAGGAGGUCCAGGACCUGAAGGAACAGCUGUCCAUGUUUGAGUCAGCAUCAGCACUGGGUGUAUUGACCACUGGUCAAGCUUCGUCUGACCUCAGGCAUCCUACUCAUGACGAUUCCCUACUCGACCUAGGCAUAAAGAAAACACUUGACUUUGACACUCCAGAAUCCAAACCAAGUACUGGCCUGAAGAGUAGUCGUUUUGAUGGCUCCGCCUCUGAUGACAUGGUGACGGGUCUGAAGGCGGAGCUGGAGCGCUGUCUCCUUAGCAACAAACAGAAACGACAGCAGGUAGCUCAAAUUCAGGAGGAGCUACGUGCAGCAAAAAAAGAUAUUGGGGAGUUGACACGAAGAUGUGAACGUGCCGAACUCUCCUCUGCGGACUACAAGAAACGCCUGGAUGAGUGGGAGGAGCUAACUAGAUCAGGUGACAGGAAGAGUGCUGUGGAGGGACGACUCAAAAAGGAUAUAGACAACCUGUGUCGGGAGAAGGAGAUACUACUGGAGGAUAUAGAGGACCUGAAGAAGAGGCUGGAGGAGGUUGGUAGCAGUGAGGAGAAGCUGACAGACAUGAACGGGGAACUUAACAAGCAGAUCUCUCAGAUGGUACAGGACUUUGACAACGACAAACGUGAGGCGCUCGACAGGUGUCAAAGGACAUUGGAAUCGGUACAUGAGGUCGCCAAGUCACAGCUUCGACAGGAAAUGGAGAAGAAAUAUGAGGAGGACAAUGCCAGCCUGGUCAAUAAAUAUGAGGAGGACUGUACAAAUCUCAGGAAUGACCUUAACUCGACCUUACGGGAGCUGGACGAGGUGAAGCAGAUGUAUGUGCGUGUGUGUACAGAGAAGGACAACAUACAACAGGAAGUGCGUGCCGAGACCGAGGCUGACACUGUGCGCAAACUAGAACAGAUAAAGGCCGACCUAGAGCAUGAGAAGAAAGAGGAGAUGGAGCGAGUGAAGGAGGAGGGGACGGAGCGGGAGGCUGGUAUAAAGGAACAACUGAAGAAGGAACUAGAGGAGGAAAGCCGCCGGACUGUCGACACCAAGGUUGCCCUAGCUAAGGUGGCCUGGUUUGAGGAGCAGAGAAGUGCGAAGCAGACGGCAGUAGAGAAGGCAGUGAAACUGACAGAGACGGAGUGGAAGAUAAAGUUAGAGAACUCAGUACAGUCGGAGGUCGACUCUCGCCUACAACAAGCCAAGGAAGAGUGGACAGCUCAGCGCCGUUUGUCAUUUGAGAGUGAACUUAAAAAGCAGCUGCAAUCAGAACGGGAGGCCAUCGAGUCAAAGCUUGCUACUGAGUACACACAGCGCCUCGAAACAGAACGGACAAAGUGGAUUGAAGACAAUCAAUCUGAGAUGAGGCGGUCACUAGAGAGGGAGAAGUCGCGGGCCAAGACAAAGACAGAACUGGAUGUGGAAACGGCUGUGAAAAAGGAAUCUGACAAAUGGAAGAAGAAAAUGGAAGAUGAGGUUAAAAAGAAAGUUGAUGAGGAGUCAAAGAGGAAAGUUGAGGAAGAAAUGGAGAAGAAAGUUGAGGAACUGAAGAAGAAGAUGGAUAAGGAAUUAGAAGAGAAGGUUGGAAUGGAGGUCAUAUUGAAGUUAGAGGAGGUCAAGGUUGGACUGGAAGAAGAAGUCAGAGCCAGACUAGAGGAAGAGGUCAAGGCCAGGUUAGAGGAAGAGGUCAAGGUUAGGCUGGAUGAUGCUAGGAAAGACUGGGAGAAAAAUAAUGAGUUGGAGACACAGAAAAAAAUACACAAUGAGAAAGAGAAAUGGAACCGGAGAAAAAGUAACGAGAUUCAGGAACGACUGGAGGAGGAGAGGCUGUUUCUACAAGGAGAACAAGAGAAAAACGAGCGGGAGCGACUUGAGAAGGAGCGAGCCAAGUGGGAGAGCACACAUCAGGAACAAGUUGUCAAGGAGAAAGCCACAUUGAUCAGGGAACAGGAGCAGAAGAACAUGAUGAUACUGGAGCAGGCCAAACAGGCCUGGGAGGAGUCGCACGAGCUUAGUGUGGAGAAAAUACGCGAGUCAAUGGAGGAGCAAACACAGGAGCGCAUUUCUGCUGAGGUAUCCCUGGCGAUAGACGAGGCGCGGACAGACUGGAGUCGGGAGAGGGACCUUGAGGUAUCGGCCAAUCUCUCCUCCUCAGAACUCUCCAGUAAUGUACUCAAAGAGGAGAUUGAGGUGCUGAAGUCCCAGAGUGAUCGUCUACAGCAGGAUCUGAAACAGAGGGAGGAGACCUGGCAAACGGAGCGAGCCGAUCUCGCUCGCCUAAAGGAUACGGAUCGUAAACAGGCGAUGGAAGAUAUACAAGAUCAGUGUGAAAGAGACUACAAAAAGUUUACUGCGGAACACCACGACACUCUGACACAGGCGCUGCGAGCUGCACGGGAACAACACACGCGGGAAAAGACGGAUCUUGAGAGACGAUACGCAGAGGAGAUCGAGUCCCUGAAGCAGAAGGAAUCCCGUUUACAGGAGAAACUACAGCAUCUAGGACUAGAGGAGCCCACGUACCACAGACCGACUGAGAAAGAGCGUGAAAUGUUUGAAAAAGAGAAGUGGCGGCUGGAACAGGAAGUGCAGGAGAGAGAUGCAUUGUUGGAGCAAGCUGACUUUCACCUUUCACAGGAAGUGGAGAAACUGCGUGGAGAGCUUGAGUCUGCGUACCAGCGGAGGCUUGAGGCAGAGACGGCCAGCCUGCAACAGAAGUUUGAUCUGGAGUGUAAUCGCCCAGAUCAACGGGAGAAAGUGAUAGAUAAAACCGCUGUGUUGGAAACUGAAAUCAAAAAGCUGAAAGAUGAAAAUAACAAAAUCUGUAAGGAAAAGCAAAAUCUUGUUUUGGAACUUGAAACUUUAAAAAUUGAAAAUCAAAAGAUUUUAGUAGAGUUGCUUGCCCUUAGAACUGACAAGGAGGUUGGUAUUGAAGAAAACAACAAAGUAAAGACUGAGGUUCAGAAGGUGAAGGCACAAAUGUUCGAGGAGACCAAGCGGUAUGUGAAGGAAGUUCAGGAUUUAAAUUCAAAGAUGGCUGAACAGUCUAAAGUACUGCGUGAGUUUCAGGCUCAAAGGGAGGAACUGUCGUCUGCCAAGGUGGUGUGUCAGACACUGGUCAAUAAAAACGAGUCCCUCCUGGCUGAGAAACAGUCGUUAAUGGAAGAGAGAGAGAAAAUACUCAAUGAGAUGGACAGUAUAAAGAGUGAGAAUGAAGACCUAAGCAAGCUCAAGUUUGAGAUCGAGAAGCUUCACAUAGAGGCGGAAGUGUUCACAAAGCUGCGCGCGGAGGUAGAACGACUGGAGACAGAGAACGAACAGAUCAGUCAUCUUCGGGCAAAUGUGGAUCGACUUGAGGCUGAAAAUGCCGGCAUGAAUAAGCUCAGGGCAAAGGUGGCCAGGCUGGAGGCUGAGACUAACACAAUGAGUCAGCUGAAGGUUGAGGUCGCACGACUUCAGGCGGAGAACACUAACAUCACUGCCCUGAGGGCUGAGAUGGAACGACUUCAGACCGAGGUCGAGGAGGUCAACAAACUAAGGUUCGAGGUACAGAAGUUAGAGAAGGAGAAGGAAGGCCUGGCUAGUCUAGAGACCGAGAUUGAACGCCUGACAUCUGAGGUUGAGAACGUUAGUAAGCUUAGGUCAGAGAUAGAGAGGUUACAGGUCGAGAUGAAAAAGCACCAGGACAAGAUCACCAAGGUCGAGGAUGAGAAGAGUCGUCUGGUGGAGAACAUCCGAGGCAUGGAAUCUGCAUAUCGUCGCGACAUGGUCAGUCAGAAACAGCGUCAGGAGGACACCAACAACAGACUGAGGCAAGCAGAAAAACACCUGACUGACGCCAAACAGCACUACAGGUCUCAGAUUGACAAGCUGAAGAAAUCGCUGGAGAUGGAGAACAGCAUGGCUAUGGAGACCAUGAAGAACAAGAUGGUGGACAUGCAGAAAGCCCACCUCGUGGCGCUCGACGCAAUGAAGAAACAGUUCCGGUCGCAGGUGGAGGGCAUGAGGUUAAAGGUCAACGAGGAACAACCUCAGAAAGACAUCAACUCCAUAGAAGUACAGACUGACUCUGAGGACGAUGAGCAAGGUGUGAUGGAACUUAGGGAGCAGUACCUAGAUACAGUCAACAAGAUAAAAGAUGAUGUUAUGCGACACAUCACAGAGACCAAUAUGCGAGCAGCGGAGACGGUCCGGUGUGAGAUGGCUCAAGAACGCAACACUACGCUCUCCGAACUCAAGCGGAUCUACAUGGAGAAUGUUCGCAAAAUACUACAAAACGAAAUCAUGGGAGCCAACAUUGAAGCCAAGCUUGCUGAUAUUGAGCAGGCUUUGGAUGUCAUCUCUUUUGAUAAACCACUGUCAAGGUCAACGAGUCCACGGUCAUCAAGGUCAUCUACACCGACCCCAACAAGAGAAGUUGAGGGGUCACACAUACAUGAAUCCCAGGGGUCGAGGGUCAAUAAUGGUGUAUACAGUGGAUCAGUCAGUAACGUUGACCAGACACGGACUCCCAGGGGUGUACAGACUGACCGUUUCGGUGUACAGACUGACCGUUUCGGUGUACAGACUGACCGUUUCGGUGUACAGACUGACCGUCGCUCACAUAAUGGGUACAGCUCAGUGAAUACACCAGUCAAUACCCACACUGAUGAAUCAUACGGUACCCAGCGUGGGAUUAUUCGCAACAACCGAGCACCCGCCGAUCAAACCCACAGUGGGCACACAUCAGAACAUCCUCACAAUAGCCGUUCUUCACAACGCCCUCAAAGUGCACGGACUGUAGACCGCCAUAACAAUGGGUCAAUGCUUCCCCCUAAAGAUAGAAUUCCUGCUCCACGGGGCCAGACUAAGGAAGUAACAUUGAGUCGUGCCCUGGAGGAGCGUCACAGUCGUACUAGGAGUUUACCGGGCUCGCGUAUCAAUGGUAAACACAAGCUAGUCAGCUUCCGUACUGUAUCUCCCAUCUCCUCCAGUGACAACUCCGACCCAGAGUCAUUCAUCACCACGCGCCGACGCCAGACUGACCAUAGUGAUCAUCAUAACAAAUUGCCAAGCAGAUUUCUAUCUCCGUCCAACGAACACCGAUCAUCUUCAUCCAACUCUUCCUUUGUGGCUGUUGACCCACGUCCCCAGAAUACACAACAUCACGGCAAUGUGUCCCUGUAUAAGACCGUGUCGGAGCCAGAACUCGGGACAGACCAGCCGCGUACUGACUACCGCUUCAGUAAUUACAAGUACACUUCCCUCAGGGAUGGCCUAGCGAAAUACCGUUCACCUUCUCCCAUCAAGGACAGCACAAGUGCCUCACAUGAUGACCUUCGGGCAAUCACUGACCCUGAGCUGGAAGUGUUGGAACGCAAGGCCUAUAGCAUUGAUGUUGGUCUAAACACAUUAGGGUUGGACCGCACGUCACCUCGUAAGUUCAAUCCCUCCCCAGAACGCCUCAACACCAGUAAUCACGAUGCUGGCGAGUCUCCCGUGGGCACACCAAGAAGAGGUCAAAAGGUUACGGAGAAAAGGUCGCAAAGUUCGGGUCCAAGAAGUCGUGAGGUCACCAAAUCUGCACCCUGGGAUAUUGAAAAACGUUACAAUAGUUACCGAUACCAACAGCCUGUGAAACAUUUGGUAGAGAAAUACCAGGGUUUGAGUAUAAAAGACUAGAGUAUUGUCAGACAGGAAUCACUAGAUGAUUAAUCAGUUUGGUAGAGAAGUACCAGGGUUUGUGUAUCAAAGACUAGAGUAUUGUCAGACAGGAAUCACUAGAUGAUUGAUCAGUUUGGUAGAGAAGUGCCAGGGUUUAGGUAUCAAAGACUAGAGUAUUUUCAGACAGGAAUCACUAGAUGAUUGAUCAGUUUGGUAGAGAAGUGCCAGGGUUUGAGUAUCAAAGACUAGAGUAUUGUCAGACAGGAAUCACUAGAUGAUUGAUCAGUUUGCUGUUUAAAUACCUUUGUUGGGUAGUCAGUACCUAAAUAUAUGUCUUCCGUUACCAGUCAUCUCUGUUAACAUUAUAAGUUGUUUUAAGACUGUUGAUGUUCAGUAAAACAAAUGAAGAUAUUCCUUUAGAUUAGUUGUGAAUAAGUGAUCAUUGAAUUCAAAGAUUUAGACUCAUUUUUAAGAAGGUUUGGUCCCAGAUUUGUAAUUGUACCAGUAAGAAGGGAAGUAAGAUCUAAGUAGUCGUAUCGUAACUAGACGAGUAGGUAAGUGCUGGUUCUAGUUAAUUAGCCACAGUAUAUGUAGGAUUAACCGUAGGACAAUUGUAGACUGUAGACUUUAUAUAUACGCGGUAUUAGUGGCAGUAGGUCCAUGAUAUAUGUAAGGAUGUGUUGAGGCAGAAAUGUGUAAGUCUGACAAAUGAUUUAACAGAUUGCUCUGUUACCAGUGUAAAUAUUUAGAGGAAACGUCUGUGAUAUAUACAUAGUUAUUUUUCGGUUUUCAAAUGUUUGUAUGGAGACUUUAAGUUUAAUACAUCAAGUCAAAUUAUAAAGUUGAUUAUUUUUCUGAAGGUGAAUGUGACAUAGGAGCAUAUUCAGUGUGUUUUUGUAGUAGUGAAUUGUUUGAGUCCCAGAAAAUACUUAUUCAAUUUUCUUUUCAAUUUUUUUCUUUAAAUAUUGGAGUUUGAUGUGCCUGUAAUAAGCACAAUAUAUAUCAAUAUGAAGCUUUCCAAUAUCCAAGGUACAUAACUCUCACACUACUAGUAAAAAGGAAUGACAUAACUCUCACACUACUAGUAAAAAGGAAGGUACAUAACUCUCACACUACUAGUAAAAAGGAAGGUACAUAACUCUCACACUACUAGUAAAAAGGAACAUAUUUGGUUUUCAUGGAAUGUUAUUCUGUCUUCAAUAUUAAUAUUAUGAGUAUUUUUGUUAGGUCUAUAUAGCUAUAUCUAUAGAACAUGAUACCAGGCUUCAGUAGAGGUUAUCUAGCUGGUCCUAUACUAUGUGUUAUAGACGGCCAGUCAGCUGAUCAAUCUGCCAAUGUGUGAUGGCAUUCUCUUGUUUCCAUUGUCAGGCCACACUUAUUAGUAUAGAGAUUCCUCACUUAACUUCUAACAUGAAGAUAUUCUUUGCAUUUAAAUUGAAGAAUUAUAAAAAAAAAUAGAAUUAUAUUUCCUGUUACAUAUAUUCUUGCCAACUUUUUUCACUUCCAUAGGGGAGAUUCUGCAUGCUCAAUAACCCCCCCUAGAGACAAAAUGGCCCUAUAAAUGACAUAUUUUGAGUUCUUUCAGAUGAAAUCAUACGAUCUUAAAAUAUAGGAACAGUUCCUACAUGUUUAUGUUGAGUGCUAGCCUGAUCACUAUUGUUGGCAUGGUACAUGUAAGUUACAACACUGUCAUGUAAUGUAAGGAAAUGUUUCUCUGUCUUCUGGUAGCCAUGUUAGGCUAGAUCAAAUGGAUUACUUACUUCUUAGCUCUUUUCUAGAACUAAAUCUUAAUUAAGGCGAUGAUUUCACUAUGAUUAAUAGCAUUCUGCUUCAUUUUUGUGUUGAAGAAAUUUUUUCAUUGCUUGCAAGCUCCAUUUUUCAAGAACAAUUCUUCAUUUUGAUGUGUUUUUGUCUAUAAUUCAUUGGCAACAGGACGGGUUUGCAGUCUUGCCAUACAAAUCAAACAAGAAAACAAUGAAUUAGCGUAGUACAAUGUUGUAUUUUAAAUUCUGUGUGAAUAUCAUGUUAAACGGUGCAGUAUUGGUGUAUAUGCAUAUUACUGGUGCAGAACAUGUAAACAUCUAAUCAAACAUAUCAACAUGUCACAUUCUAUUGCCCCCUCCCCCUGCCUGUAACAUAAGGACCAAAUCUAGACUUAUAGCACUGUGGGCGGACAACCAAGGACCUGGUGAUUGUUAGUACCUUGAUUGUCUACCUUAUUAUUAACCUUGUAAUGCCCAGAUGUUCAUUUGUUUUACAAAGCUUUUCACUGAUAACAUCAUAGCAGUUUGUGUACCAAAACUUGAAAUUCUUCUUUAUGAAUACUUAAAAUUCUCUUUACAGACACUUUUGAAAAACCAUUGAAAACUGUCUUUUUACAUCAAUGUCCUCAGAUGUUUCCAGCCUUGGUAACUAGGUCACACUCCUACCCACUCCUACACACAUAUAAAGGGAGACCACCUCUACUUACCCUGUACACACCGACACACAUAUAAAGGGAGACCACCUCUACUUACCCUGUACACACUGACACACAUAUAAAGGGAGACAACCCCUACUUACCCUGCACACACCGACACACAUAUAAAGGGAGACCCCCUCUACUUAUCCUGAACACACCGACACACAUAUAAAGGGAGACCACCCCUGCUUACCCUGUACACACCGACACACAUAUAAAGGGAGACCACCUCUACUUCCCCUGUACACCCCGACACACUUAUAAAGGGAGACCACCCCUACUUACCCUGUACACACUGACACACAUAUAAAGGGAGACAACCCCUACUUACCCUACCCACACAGACACACAUAUAAAGGGAGACCACCUCUACUUACCCUGUACACACUGACACACAUAUAAAGGGAGACAACCCCUACUUACCCUGCACACACCGACACACAUACAGAGGGAGACAACCCCCUACUUACCCUGCACACACCGACACACAUACAAAGGGAGACCACCCCCUACUUACCCUGCACACACCGACACACAUAUAAAGGGAGACCACCCCUACUUACCCUGUACACACCGACACACAUAUAAAGGGAGACCACCCCUACUUACCCUGCACACACUGACACACAUAUAAAGGGAGACCACCCCUACUUACCCUGUACACACCGACACACAUAUAAAGGGAGACCACCCCUACUUACCCUGCACACACCGACACACAUAUAAAGGGAGACCACCCCUACUUACGCUGCACACACUAACACACAUAUAAAGGGAGACCACCCCUACUUACCCUGUACACACCGACACACAUACAAAGGGAGACCACCCCUACUUACCCUGCACACACUAACACACAUAUAAAGGGAGACCACCCCUACUUACCCUGUACACACCGAUACACAUACAAAGGGAGACAACCCCUACUUACCCUGUACACACCGACACACAUAUAAAGGGAGACCACCCCUACUUACCCUGUACACACCGACACACAUACAAAGGGAGACCACCCCUACUUACCCUACCCACACAGACACACAAAGGGAGACAACCCCUACUUACCCUGCACACACCAACACGCACAUUGAUAUAAAGACCUCUAACUGUAGUUGAGUAAAAUCCGUCCUUUAUAUCUUUAUGACCUCAGGUGUUAUAGUAACUGUAAACAUGUAUAUUUUUGUGGUACUUUUAUUUUACCACAUUUCACGCUUUGAUUAUUGCACUAAAUUAUGAUGUGUCAAUCAAAGAUCUUGAAUAUAUUAUUCAUUAUUGCAUAUUGUUGGUUGUGCUUAUUCAUCAAUAGGCCAACCUGUUAAAAUUUGAUAAUGUGCUAAAAUAUUUGAGUGCGCUAAAAUAAGUACAUUUAGAGUAUAACAAAAAUGUUUCCGUCCAUUUUACACAGUGAUUAUAUAGUGUGUAUUUGUCCGUUGUAUAGUGUCCAAUGUUUAAUUUCUAACACUGUAAUUAUUUGUCAGCUUCAUGAAAUACUCCUAUACAGAAAAUCGUACUGCUCGUCAAUAUAGGCGUGUCUGCUGUGUAAGUUACUCGUCAAUAGAGGCGUGUCUGCUGUGUAAGUUAAUUACACAAUUCUAGCUGUACUACAUUGCUGUCAUGUGAUACAAAGUAAAACAGUGCUACACUGCCACUAUUUGUCACAAUUUCAUCAACAACAUUUUAGUGAAGGAGUCUAAUGAAAUAAUCCUUUAAAACAAUAAAGGAGAAAGUAUGGGCAGCUUAACCAUGUUUUACUUGUAGACUUGAGAGAAUAGAUUUAUUUAUGAAGUACUUUUAUAAACAUCUGCAUGAUGCAGUUAAAUUAUCUUAAUUAGCAAUCUCCAGUUCCACAAAUCUUUUGCUGAAAUGUAUUUCAAUUAUUUAUGUAGUCAAACCUUGGCAUUUUUGAGUUGGUGUUUCCUAAAUAUGUGGCAUUUCGUUUUGUUAGUAGUCAUGAGUUGUCUCCCUUAGAGUUAAUUUAUUAGUAUAGAUCCUCACAAAAAGUAGACGGUGUGGUGUGAUAGAACACCACUCCUAACGGGUCAAGGUCAACACACCAGGCCUAGGCUUGAUGAGCAGGAUAUUUCACCCUGACUGCUCCAGUCAGCCCAGCUGUAGUCUGCUGGAGAGUUCUCCGUUGAUGAACAGUUGUGUCAGGGAACUCAUUUCGAAGGGGAGGUAAAUACACAAGUCACAAGUACCUCCCUGGUAAUUUCGACUUUACUCCAAUCCUGGCUAAAUGGUUAGAUAAUUUGAUCUCAGCCACUGAUUAGUUACUUGGGAUGGUAAAACCUAAAUCAAACUCAAUUAAACAUGGUUAUCCCAGUGAGUCUAAACAGUGACUUUGUGAGAUUAAUAGAAUCUCUUUGGGGGUGAGAUAGGGGAAUCUCAACUUGAGGGAGGAGAUUAAGUUGCCAAACACAAGGCUGUGCCGAGUGUUUGGCAUCUUAGGAAUCUUUCCCUGAGGAUUGUCUUGAGAUUCCCCUCUCUCACCCUCAAGGGGAUGAUCAUGAAGAUUCUUUUUCUCUUACUCUGUUGAUGUGACGUCAUUGUAUUGUUGAUGUGACAUCAUACCAUUGUUAUGAA